AUGUCGCACCCGAACGAAAUUGCCACGCCGCAGAAAAUUCGCGCUGCCGAGCCCAUCGAAUACGACUACGAGGAGCUGCCAGAGACGUCCCCGCUGACCAUGCACUUGAUUGCGGGUGCUGCUGCCGGCAUCAUGGAGCACUCUGUCAUGUACCCGUUCGACAUUGUAAAGACUCGCAUGCAAGUGGUCGGAUCACCGUCGUCGGUCGUCUACAGCGGCGUCACACACGCAAUUAAGAUUAUUUCUACCACAGAAGGCAUGCGUACGCUCUGGAGGGGAGUCAUGUCGGUCGUUCUUGGCGCUGGCCCUGCCCAUGCGGUAUACUUUGCCACCUACGAACAAACAAAGAAGCUGCUGUCGAACUCGGCUGGCGAAACCACCGCUCUUGCUGCAGGUGCUGCCGGCGGUGUGGCGACAGUCGUCAGCGAUGCCCUGAUGAACCCGUUCGACGUGAUCAAGCAGCGCAUGCAGCUUGUUGGAUCAAGCUACCGCAACAUUGCCGACUGCGCAGCGACGGUCAUGCGCAAGGAGGGUCUGCGCGCCUUUUACGUUUCCUACCCGACAACGCUUAUCAUGAAUAUCCCGUUCCAGUCGAUCCAAUUCGGCUGCUACGACCUGUUCCGCAAAACACUCAACCCCAAUGGCUCGUACUCGCCCCUGACACACGUUGUCGCCGGUGGCCUGGCGGGCGCCGUGGCCGCGGCACUGACAACCCCGAUCGAUUGCUGCAAGACGCUGCUGCAGACGCGCGGCGCGUCGGUUGACCCCGAGGUCAGGAAUGCGAGCUCGAUGAUUCAGUCGGCGAAGAUUAUUUACAAGCAGCAGGGCGUCAACGGGUUCUUCCGCGGCGCUCGCCCCAGAGUCAUUGCCAACAUGCCUGCCACGGCCAUCAGCUGGACUACAUACGAGUACUUCAAGUGGAUGAUCGCCCGGCGAGACAAGCGCGAGUGA